AAAAACCCGCAGCAGCAACAGGCUCGAGCAGUGUGGAGUGAGGGACGCGGUCCGAGACGCUCAUAUCUCAUCACUCCAACACUAGAACAGCUCUCUAGAACAACUCUCUUUUAUAACUCCGAACAGGGGCAAUGUAGAAGGCUUACACGGUUUCUAAAGCGUUUUUAUUUCCUGAAAAAUAAAUAUACACCGCUGCUCUCCAGGAGUUUUUCAGCGCGCGAGCUUCUUGCUGUAACCGGCUUCUCCAAACUUUGGAGGGGAGCAGUGGAGAAAGCGGUGGCCAAAGAGGAAGAAAGAGCUGGGUGGAGGAAGUGAGGAAAAGGGUGAUAAAGAGAAAGUGUGACUGGGAGAGAGAUGGAGUCGCUAUCAGCCGAGUCGGCUACGGUGGAUGAGCUGGUGGAAGCAUGCAUCAAUGCUUUCGAUGACACGGGGAAAUUAAAGGACUUGCCGUUGGUGCGGAUGUUUCUGAUGAUGCACCCCUGGUACCUACCAUCCACAGAGCUAGCCAAGAAACUCCUGCUCAAGUCUCAGGAGGAAAGCUGUACUGCCGAGCUCAGGAGCCGAAUCUGCCACCUAGUCAAGUUCUGGAUCUCAGAGUUUCCCGUCGAGUUCAAUCUUAAUCCAGCUUUGGCUGAACAGAUUCGAGAUCUGAGGGAUCAGCUCAACACGGAGGGCAAUGAGCGGGAGAGUCAGCUCAUCGACGUUGAGAGUGUCCCCUCAUAUAAGUGGAAGCGUCAGGUGACCCAGCAUGUGCCCUCCAUGUCAAAAAAGAGGAAGAUGUCCCUCCUGUUCGAACACUUGGAUGCCUCUGAACUGGCUGAACAUCUUACCUACCUGGAGUAUAAGUCAUUUUGCAAGAUUCUGUUCCAGGACUAUCACAGCUUCGUGAGACACGGCUGCACGGUGGAUAACCCCAUCCUGGAGCGCUUCAUCAUGCUCUUCAACAGCGUCUCCCAGUGGAUCCAGCUUAUGGUGCUCAGCAAGCCCACGGCCCAGCAGCGCGCUGCCGUCAUAACACACUUCGUACAUGUCGCACAGAAACUGUUGCAGCUGCAGAACUUCAACACCCUCAUGGCAGUGGUUGGAGGCCUCAGUAACAGCUCCAUCUCCAGGCUUAAAGACACACAGAACCACAUCAGCAACGAUACCAACAAGAUCUUUAACACUCUGCUGGAUCUGGUGACAUCAUGUGGGAACUACAGUCAGUACCGGCGGCGCUUCUCGGAGUGUUCAGGUUUCCGCUUCCCGAUCCUGGGCGUUCAUCUGAAGGAUCUGAUCGCGGUGCAUGUGGCUCUGCCGGAUUGGGCCAAUGAUGAGAAAACACGUGUUAAUCUGACCAAAACCCAACAGCUCUACUCCAUACUCCAUGAGCUGGCACUGGUCCAGACAAUGCCACCCAACAUAGACGCCAACCCCGACCUUCUUAACCUUCUCACGGUAUCACUGGACCAGUAUCAUACAGAAGACGAGAUAUACCAGCUCUCACUACAAAGGGAACCUCGAAGUUCCAAACCAGCUAACUCAAACCCCGCCCCCAACCUAGCGACUAAGCGGCCAUCGAUGGUUGAUGAGUGGGCAGCAUCGGUGAAGCCUAAAGCCGAUCCUGCUGUCAUCACCAAACACAUUGAAAAGAUGGUUGAGUCUGUCUUCAAGAAUUUCGACACAGACGGAGACGGCUAUAUUUCCCGUGAGGAGUUCGAGAGCAUCCGGAAUAAUUUCCCCUAUCUCAGCAAGUUUGGAGAGCUGGAUACAAACCAGGAUGGCAAGAUCAGCAGGGAGGAGAUGAUAGAUUACUUUAUGAAGGCCAGUUCACUGCUGAACUGUAAGAUGGGCUUCAUACACACGUUCGCAGAGACCACUUAUGUUAAACCCACCUUCUGUGAGCACUGCGCCGGAUUUAUAUGGGGCUUUUAUAAACAAGGAUACAAGUGCAAAGGUGUGUCAGGCUGUCCAUCCAUCUCUGGGCUCAUUCUGGUGUCCAUCACUUUAGUCUGUGGUGUGAACUGUCAUAAGGCGUGUCGCUCGCGGCUGGCAGUGGAGUGUCGCAAGCGGGCGAAGAGCAUCAGUCACGAGACUCCACCUACCCUCCAGGCUCGCUCCUACAGCUUUCCACCUCCGUCUAACUCGCACACCAAUCUCCAGAAUACAGUGAUUGCAGAGGAGGACACGGAGGCACUGAGGGAGGCGGUGUUUGAUGUCCAACUAUAAUUCAGGUAACCUGGCAGAAGAAAGAUUAACACUGGAAAAUCAUCCAGCCUUCCUCUCACCUCAGCUCAACUCUAAUCCUCUAAAUCGAAAAAAAAAAGAAGUAGAUGAGUAUAAAAGACGCUUCUACUACCACCACCGGUCUGUUAGUAGCCUGAAUCGGACGUCGGUCAUCAUGCGAUUUUCCUACCCAUCAUACUACUUGAUCUUAAACAUCAUCUCUGAUCAUGUCCAGGCACAGCUCCAGGACUGAGACGUCAGCAUGCUUCCAUCUUGUGGAUGAGAGCUGCAAGUGCACCACAGAUUGAGCACUUGUUCCUCUUGGUGUGAUAUUUUUAUAUAUAUGUAUUAUCUAUUUGUUAGUGUUUUAUAUUUUUCAAGUUUAAAAGUGAUUAGUGAGACUUAAAAGAAAGAAAAAAAGAUGAAAUAGAGGUGAAAAAAAAAACCUAUAUAUGUAACACUUUCUAUGAAGGUUAUAUUACACGUUCAUGUCCUGUUAUAAUGCAUUCAUAAGGCAAUAUAGACUCCAUAAUAAUUAUUUAUAAAAACAUGUUAUACUUUAUAGCUUUAUAACACUAAUGCAAAAAAAAAAAAAAACCCAGCCCAUGUUUGUAGGGUUGUAUCAUGAGAACUAUUUUGUUGUUUUUGUUUUUGUUUUUUUUCUCUUAAACUCUCCUUUAAAUCAGGAACCCUUAUGAAGAAUCUUCCAGAAUUUCUUAAAAUACGUCUACAAUAACUAAACAUAAUUCAUGUGGUGCUGAAUUUCGUUAUCAUUGGUGACGUAUUGUGUAUAUAAGCAUACCUUCGAAUGCAUUCUGACACCAAUAAAGCAAUAUGUACAGUAUAAUGCCUUAUAAAUGCAUUAUGACACGUUGACGAAUGUAGAAAGUGUUACCUGAUAUAUAUACAAAGAGUAAAUUAGGUAACACCUGUGAAGCCCAUAUUCAUACUCCUCAUGAUUUAAAAUUCCUUAGAAGCAUUUUUAUUAAAGUAUAAUAAUGCGUUAAAAGGCUGUUAUAAUAUGCUGUGAAUAGUAAUUAUGUUAAUAAAAGUGUCACUAUUUAUUUAUAUGUCUAUAAUGUCAUGUGGAAUAAUAAUUUUAUUAACAGAUUAAACAUUUAAAAAUAAUGUAAUUUAAAAAAAAAAAUUGUAUUGACUUUUUUUUUUUAAGUUUGAUUAAAAAAUGCAUUUAUUUUCAGAUUUUAUUCCCGGUCAUUUUUCUAAUCAUUGGUUUUAUUUUUUAUUGUUUUUUUUUUAAUUAUUAAUAAACAAAACCAAUUCAUUCUUGGUCAUAUGACACUUGCAUUACAUGAUAAUUUCCCAAGUGAUUACUUAUUCAAGCUUUAUAACAUGCUUAUAAGCAAUCAUAUCCAUCCUACCAAGACUGAGCACAUUUCUAAUAAUCAUUUGGGCUUCAUAGGAAGUGUUACUGAAAUAAUGCAUUCCUUUAUUCCUUUACUUAAAGGUGCUGAGAUUCUCAAUGUUCUACCAGCUUGUGCGUGUCCUUGUGAGUCGUUCGCAAUAGAUUUCGUGCUAAAACAAGAUGAAUAAUGUACAGGUUUAAUCUUGUGAGAAAAAGUGCAGUGUACAUACAAUGUUUUUUUAAUUUUUUUGAAUGACCGUAGUAGCCUAUGUGGACUUUGAAAUGGACAUUUAUCUUGAGAUCAGUGGUCAUACGAUGCAGAAAAAUCUUCAUUCUCAGAACACUUCCAUUAACUGAAGCAUGAAUGUAGACAAUCCAGUUGAUUUGGUGGAAAAAUAAAAAUAAAUUUGAACGUAUGAUGCCACGUCCUUGCUGUUGUAUUCCGGGUGAACUGCCAAUAUGCUAAAUAUGUUUGUCAAUUUGUCGUUAAAAAUUUUUUUCAGCAUGCACUAUGAACAUUUUUAUACUACUCUAUGCUUGUAUAUAUAUAUAUAUAUAUAUAUAUAUAUAUAAAGAGACAGAGAGAGAGAGAGAGAGAGAGAGAGAGAGUGUAGUGAACUUGCUUUCUAAUGUUCUGAUGUUGUUUCUCGGUGCCGUGUGUUAUCAUGGUAAUUUAUGAUUCUAUUAUCGUGCAAGUCUAGUCAGAUGUUUUACAGUCCCUCAAUAGGAAAGACUUCCGUAUAAGAAAUGAAGUAUAAGGUUAUUAAUGUGUGCCUGCUGCCUGUCACUUCCUUCUCUUUCUUUCAUUGUUCACUCUAUUUUGUGCACACUUGCUAAGACACAGGUAAAAUAAAACCUGCAUGUCCACCUCCA